CACACACUGGGAUGCACUCUUACUCUCUCACACACAUGUUCUCUCCCUCUCCUCCGUGUCUCCUCAUUGGACCGAACGCUGCACAGGAGGUGAUUUCAGCCACUUAAUUUAUUAGUCAUCACUGGUUGUUGGAACAAGCUAAUUAAAAGGAGGGUGAGUGUGUACAUGUGUGGAAGAUUCAGAGACACUGCCUCUGCCGCCGCCGUCUCUCACGCUUCACUGUUGGACCAGGAGGAAGCAGGGGAGAGAGUAGAGGAGGAAGAGGAGGAAGAGAGGAGACACAGACAGCAGGGUGGAAGGAGAUUUUCACGCCACUUUUACCAUCAUUUGAUUCGACAUGGCCACCGCAUAGGAAUCUGGUGCCACGGCAACCGUCAGCACGGCCGACGAGGAUAAGGAGACAGAGAGCUGGACCGAGGGACGCUCAGAGCAACAGAGAGAGGGAUGGCAGUGGAGGAGAAGCCGGGCGUGAAGAGCAGCAGCUCCAUCGUCCCCUGCUUCCUGUUUGUGGAGCUGGUGAUCAUGGCUGGGACGGUGCUGCUGGCUUACUACUUCGAGUACACGGACACCUUCCCCGUGCACAUCCAGGGCUUCUUCUGCUACGACAAGACCUUCUCUAAGCCCUACCCGGGUCCGGACGACACCAGCAAGAUCCCCCCCGUGCUCAUCUACUCGCUGGUCACAGCCAUCCCCACCCUCACGAUUCUCAUUGGAGAGCUGUGUGCCUUCUUCACCAAGGCAGAGGGAACCCAGGAGAAGACCAUCGUCACUGCAGACUGCUGCUACUUCAACCCCCUACUGAGACGCAUAAUACGCUUCCUAGGUGUCUAUGCCUUCGGCCUGUUCACCACCACCAUCUUCGCCAACGCCGGCCAGGUGGUGACAGGAAACCAGACGCCUCACUUCCUCUCUGCCUGCCGACCAAACUACACGGCGUUGGGCUGCCAGUCCACCAUGCAAUACAUCGCAGAGCGCCGUGCCUGCACAGGCAACCCGCUGGUUGUCAUGUCCGCGCGGAAAUCCUUCCCGUCCAAGGACGCGGCGCUCAGCGUCUACUCUGCAGUGUACACAGUGAUGUACGUGACGCUGGUGUUCAAGACCAAAGGCACGCGGCUGACCAAGCCCACCAUCAGCCUCACCCUGCUCUGCCUGGCCAUGCUAGUAGGCGUGGUCAGGGUGGCCGAGUACCGAAACCACUGGGCCGACGUCCUGGCGGGGUUCUUCACCGGGGGAGCCAUCGCUGUGUUUUUGGUGACUUGCGUGAUCAACAGCUUCCAGCAGAUGCUGCCCAGUCCUCCUCCACUGCGACCCCAGCGCCCCGAGUCCGUCCUGGGCAUGCCGAUGGUGACGCUGCCCUGCGUGGAGAGUCCACUCGAAAAGUUAAGUGGCCCUCAGCAUCCUGCACUCUCCUCCUCCUCCCCACCUUACAACACCUACGUCCAACCAUUCUAACCAACUUUAAAAAUCUUUUUUGCCCGCCAUCGCCACCCCUUCGCCAUCUCCGCCAUCCGUUGCCUUAUUUCUGUUUUUUGCUCCCUGUUUUCUCUUCUUACCCGCCCCUCAUCCCGUGCAUUGCUCUUGAUUAUUCUUCACUUUUCUUCGCCUCUCUUUCUCUCUGCCCCCCCCUGGUCCUCUCUCUCUCUUUUCUCACUCCUCUCUUUCCCCUGCAGACUCCGCGGGGAUCUCCGUUCACCGAGAUCACAUGACCAUCAGCCCUAUCGGUUCCCCGCCACCCCCGAUGUCCUCAUACCGUCUCGCUCCAUUUCCAGCGAAGUCUAGACCAGCCGGAGCAGCACUCGCCGCACUGCGCCGCCCACCCGGCAGGGCGGUACGCGACGCUGCACCGCUCCUAUUCCACGCAGGUCUAGACCUCCCCGCGAUACAGCAGACACACACACACACCAUCCUCCUGCCCUCUUAACCCCCGGGGAACCGAUAGGCAAACUCUUCAAAGACUUUCUCUUUGCUGGACAGUAAAGAGCUGAACAUUCAGCACAGAGUCAGGUUUUUCAUUUUGAAUAUUCGAAUUAAAAACUUUUGUUUUGUAUGAACUCAACCACGUGAAGCUCACUUCCAUCUUCAGUGGCGCGCUCGGUAAGGGAAAACAAACUGUGACCACUGAGAAUGUCCAUUGCUUUUCUUUUUUAACAACGGUAUGAACGAGUUUUCGCCUUGAAGAAGGUUAAACGCGACGGGGAACUCCCCGUGUGACUCCCAGGACGCAGCGUCGAUGUCUGCUGUCAGGAGGUUGCCAUGUUGGACCAAAGAAACCUGCUGAAGGAUGCACGCGCUGCUGAGAUUUACCCGUAAAAAUAUCCUUUUAGCAAGCCAUACACACACACACACACACACACUCUUUCUCUCACCCUCUCUCUUUAUCUCAUCCCAUUCACAAACACACACACACUCACACACACUAGUCUGAGUAGCAGUGCCCUUGUCAGCUCCGCAUGAGAUUUACUCAGAUCAAAGAAUCCAUUUCAUAUCUCUCAGCAGAAGCACCAGACAAAAGCAAACAGGAUGAAAGUGCAGACAUCUUCACUUGGCUAUCUUCUUCACGUUUUUUUUUUUUUCCUCUCUCAGAUGGUCGCCAAAAAAAAAAAAACUGAUGUGAAAUACAAACACAUUUGAUAAGACAAAGCCAAGCUCCCGACUGCAGGUGGCACAACAGCGAGCCAAAUAAAGUGCAUUCAGGAGCAAAUAUUUGUCCGGUUUUGUAUUCUUCUGAGAUGAGGAGCCUUCAUACAAAACAAUUCCUGUGAUGCCAACAGACUUUUUUGAUUUUGAUUUUUGAUUUUAUUUCACUCUUGAACGGUAUCGCUCACCCUGAACUGGAACCUCUUUCUCGCCAAAUCUUAAAAAAAAAGAAGAUUUGCUACAAACUGGGCCGAGUCGUGUAAUUAAUGUGAUUAAUUUCUGAGAUUUUAUGAAUAGAUUUAUUUAUUGACGUGUAUAUACGCUGCGGUUGCCAGAAGCGCUCCAUGUGGCGUGACAGUUUUGCUGAUUUUGAUUUGCACACUCCCUCCAAACCCAUGUUUUUUAUUCGCCCUCCUCUUCCUCUCCCCGCACAUCUUUUUACAACCUCUGUUUUCUCUGUGGUUUCUUGAUUAUAACACCAUCACUGUGCUGUGAAAUGUUUCCCUCUGCUGGACGACACACACACACACACACACACUUGCACACACACACACACACACACACGAGUCCUGUUUUACAGAGCACACGUAUAUUCAAACAUCUUCAAAAGCACACCCAUGCACAAUCACA